GGUCCAAUGACCUUCCUCCCUGGGCUGACCACUCCCCUGGGCUGGCCUCCCGCACUCACAAACAGCCCGGCUCCAGCCUCAGCCUGUUCCUGUGGCCAGCUGGGUGCUGCUUCCUUUCAGGAGGGAAAGCUCUUUUGGAAGAGCUAAAAAGGGGCGCCUCGCAGGUGCCCGAUAACGGCCAUGCUGGCGCUGCUGUGUCCCUGCCUGCUCCUGGCGGCCACAGCCUCGGCCGCCUUGACGGAUGAGGAGCCAGAGGAGCGGAACGUCGACACGGCGGAGCAGAUCCGAGACAUGCAUGCCAAAGUGACGGAGAUCUGGCAGGAGCUCAGGCAGCGGCGAGGAGCAGACGGCGACCCUGACGCACCGCUCUACGCAGCCUGCCAGGUGCAGCCGUCGGCCUUGCUGGACGCCGCACAGCCCCAGGUCACCGGCCUGGUCCUCUUCCGGCAGAUCGCGCCCAGUGCCAGGCUGGAGGCCUUCUUCGACCUGGCAGGCUUCCCGGUGGAGCCCAACAAUGCCAGCCGCGCCAUCCACGUGCACAAGUUCGGGGACCUGAACCAAGGCUGCGAGUCCACCGGGCCCCACUACAACCCACUGGCCGUGCCGCACCCGCAGCACCCGGGCGACUUCGGCAACUUCCCCGUGCGCGACGGCCGCCUCUGGAAGUACCGCGCCAACCUGGCCGCGUCGCUCGCGGGCCCGCAUUCGAUCGUGGGCCGCGCUGUGGUGGUCCAUGGCGGCGAGGACGACCUGGGCCGCGGCGGCACCCAGGCCAGCCUGGAGAACGGCAACGCGGGCCGCCGGCUGGCCUGCUGCGUGGUGGGGGUGAGCGGGCCCGCGCUCUGGGCGCGCCAGGCGCUGGAGCACGCGGAGCGCAAGAAGCGGCGGCGGGAGAGCGAGUGCAAGGCCGCCUGAGACCCGCCUCUGCCUUUGAGGUUCUCCCUCUGCUCCCAGAGACACCUUCCACCCGACGUCUCGCCCUAAACCCUCUUUACCCUAAGGUCUCCCCGAGUAUGCUGAGACCCCACCCUUCACUUCCACCCUCAGGGCCGCGCAGGCCCGCCCCAUCAUCCACCCCAGGGCCUCCUAAAUUUCCUUAAGUGCCUUUCCACCCAGACCCCGCAUGCCCGCCCCAUGAGCCCUGAGACCUCUCUGCCCCACCAGCUCCCCUUUCCCCUUCCUUUGGAUUCUUCCUAGGCGCUCUCGCUCUGAGACCCCUCCUGAGGUUGGUGGGCUCCCCCUCUCCCAGCUCACCACUGCCCCUGCAGCCAGCCAGGGUAGUCCAAAGUCAGGUCCCCACCAGGUGUCUUUAGCUGUAUCCUACCCACCAUCCCCCAGGGAGAGCUGUUCCUCUGGGGGAUAUUUUUGUGUUGCACAUUAAAAACUCAGCAAUUCA